GUCAGCAUCAGUUUCGCUAGAGGCUUUCACACACGCACAAACACACUCACAAUCGCCAUUCACGAAGGGCAAGAGGCAUCAGCCGCUGAAAGUGCCGCUCGCGAAAACCAUGAAAUUAAUAGCCUACUCGGCGAUGUCGGCCAGGGCCCCGGGACCGCGAGGCUGCAGAUAGGAGCCUCGAGUCGUCGCUCUCCGGGACUGCUGCGCGCCAUUCCCGUGUCGCAUGUGCCUGCGGUACAACCGGCACCAUCGUGAUGUACGACCCAGAGUCGCCUACAGGUUCUCCAGCCACUGUUGUGCAAGGCUUGAAUGGGGACUCUGAAAGCUCACCGAAUGAAGAUAGCAAAGGCUUAGACAAGGAGGAGGAUGACGAGACAGCACCGAAUCACGUGGCUGCUGUCAAGGCGGCUCGAAAGAUGACUCGCCUGCGUAAAAAAGGCAACAGUGCGAAUGCUGCACAGCCAGACAACAGCGACAAACAAAAGUCACCACGUCUCAAGGGCAUUUCAGUGGACAGUGUGGCGACAAGUGUGAGUGACGGACCCGGGAGUGGUGACAAUGGUGAUGCAGUGGCCAAGAACUGUGUGGUGGUUCUGUCAGUGAUACGAGACAGUAGUGCGCGCUCUAGAGACGGUAAAGCAGGGGACCCAACCACGACAGAAGCAAAAGCAAUGGCUGAUGACGACGAGGACACGGGCCAUUCCGUGGACAGUUCUAUGCAGGACGAGUCGAGUCUGGCGUCUGCGACAGACAGCCUGACAUCAUCAAGUGAUGCUGGGGCAACCAACAAGAGCAAGCAGAAGCAAGGAAGAACGGGGAGGGUGACAGCGCAGUCCCCGAAGGCCAGACGGCGAAGGGCGUCCGAGGAUAUGCCGAGCUUCGAGGGCCCUGCCACACGCCAGCGUAGCGUGCGGUUGCGAAGUGGAGACAAGAGGCGAGGCACCAGCCCGGCCCAGGCGUGUCUAAGCAAAAAGGCACGGCAGAAAAAGCCGCCAGCCACAGCGAAAAAGCAAGUAUCGCGAAGAGCACAGGCGAAAGUCUCCAGCAGCAAAAAGGAGAGCAUGUCAGAAAAUCGAGAAACACCAGACACGGAACCUGAAGUGGAUCAGGAUGAAAGCAUGCAGGACGUGUCAAGUGUGGACAUGGAGAGGGAUACAGCAGACUCUCACAUAGGUGAACCCCUUGGCAGUAAUAUCGCAGUUGAAGACUCUGAGACCCUUGCCAGUGCCUGUGAAAUCGAUUUGACACAAGCUGAGGAGGGAGUAGAAGAUGAAAAUGAGGAGUCAAGUGCUGAGCAGCAAGCAUCUUCUACUGUGAACAUUACUGAGGCUGUGCAUCAGUUGUCAAGUUCUGUUGCUGCUGAUGAAUGUGAGCCGGUGGAGCAAGUGUUGGAUGCUGUGCUAGCUGAAGUGUGCACGUCCGGUGAAAGUGAGCAACAGCACAAGGAACUGACAGAGAAAAAUAGCUCUGAAAUUCACAGCACAGUCUGCAGCGAAUCAAGUGUAGCAUUGGCCUGUGAACCUGAAAGUGGACCGUUACCUCUCAGCCAGCCUGAGGCAAAUUGUACCCCUGUAUCUGAUGGGGAAAUGGAAUCUGUCCCCCUUGACACCGAAGCAGUUCCUCCAGCACCGGAGAGAACAGAAGGCCCCGCAUCAGAUACAGACGCCAGGCCACCUGACACGGGCUCCAGAUCUCAAGAAAGUGAAGAGAAAGCACCGACGGCUGACAGUGAAGCUGCUGUGUCUCGUUCCUGCCUUCUGUUGUCACCCUCAGAAUCGUCACCAGGCGAAGCAAAAGUCGCCGACCACCGGGACCGACGAUACUACUCCAGUCCUGACAAGUGUGGUCCACUCGAUAGUCCUGAGAAGGGUUCAUCUACACCGAGGUCAUCAAGGCGCAGAACCAGAUGGCAAGAUGCGGAACCUAACACUGUUUCCGAGCCACCUGUGGUGCCUCUCUUUGAUCUGUCUGCGUUGCCAUCAGAAGCUGCUGAAUCAGUUGCAACUGAGGCCAUGGAACCACCCCAGCAGGACUGGGCCUCCAACAAUUCACAGGAUGCUGAUACUGCUUUGCCUCCACCGCCCCCACCAAAGGCCCCAUCUCCACAGAGGAAAGAGACAGUUGCUGCACUUGACUCAAGCCGUCCAGAGAAGGUCAAGUCUCGCUGGCGGCGCAGUAGUGAACUCGAGACUUUCGACACAGCACCUGCCCCAUCGUUGUCUUCACCAGUAGCCCGCAACUCCUCUCCAUGCGAAGCUCGGAUGCCUGCCAUUGAAGAAGCAACUCCUGCCGGCAUGAAGGAGAGCCCGCGAAGGCGGGAGCGUAGUAGCCCAGCAUUGGCAUCACACUCAAAGGAUUCCAAGGAAUCCAGAGGGGCAAGCAGCAGAGAACAGUCUGACAGCACGGCUUCACCCAGAAACUCCAGGGAUAAUCACAGGACUGAGAGCAGCAGGGACAGCAGAGAGAAUAGGGACAGAGACGGCAGGGACAGCCGGGACAGGGACAGCCGGGACAGAGGACAGCCGGGACAGGGACAGCCGGGACAGGGACAGCCGGGACAGGGACAGCCGGGACAGGGACAGCCGGGACAGGGACAUCAGAGAAGGCAAGGACAGCAAGAUAGAGGUAGCGGCAGCAGCAGUGGCAGUGGGACAAACGACUUGCCUACCAAGUCUAUGGGCUACGAGGAUAUUGAAGAAAACCUCUACCUUUUUGAGAGGCGCAAGACUAAAAGCAAGAAGGAGGUCCGCCGCAUGAUCUGCGACUGCUCUCUGACUAAGGACGAGAAGGACAGGGGAAUCAUGGGCUGCGAAGAGGACUGCCUCAACCGUUUGCUUAUGAUUGAAUGUGGAUCUCGGUGUCCUAAUGGUGACAAUUGCAGCAACCGGCGAUUUCAAAAGAAAAGCUACAUCAAAGUGGAAAAGUUUAUGACUGAGAAGAAAGGCUGGGGUUUACGCACCUUGGAGACUGUGUCUUCGGGCACAUUUGUGAUGGAAUAUGUGGGAGAAGUGCUGACACCUGAGGACUUCCGCAAGCGUGUCAAGCAGUACGCCCGGGACAACAACCAGCAUUAUUACUUCAUGGCUCUGCGCUCAGAUGAGAUCAUCGAUGCAACUCAGAAGGGCAAUGUGUCACGCUUCAUCAACCACUCGUGCGACCCUAACUGCGAGACACAAAAGUGGACAGUGAAUGGGGAACUCAGGAUUGGCUUCUUCACAAGACGGCCACUGAGAUCUGGUGAAGAGUUGACCUUCGACUACCAGUUCCAGAGAUAUGGCAAAGAGGCGCAGCGCUGCCACUGUGAAUCUAGCAACUGCCGGGGCUACAUUGGGGAGGACACGAAGAUGACGCUCAAGUCUGGCCGCAGCCAGCUUCAGAAACGAACCAGCAGCAGCACCAGCAGCAGCGCCAGCAGUAGUAGCAGCAGCAGUGCUUCGUCCAAGAGGAUCGAGGAGCGCAAGCGGGACACGGUGGAGGACUUGGCGAUGGAAGAGGAGAUUGAGAAACUGAGCGGUGGAUUGAAGAACCGAGAACACACGCUGCUUCUGGCCAGGCUCAUGGUCCGAGGAGAGGAUAUUGACACACGGCGGCGACUCCUGAACAUCAUCAAGAACACGACGGAGACGGCUUGUCUUCGCUUGUUUCUGGAUUACCAUGGUCUUUCGCUACUAUGGAGCUGGAUGGCAGACAUUCCUGAUAACGAGCUUGCUCUCAAAGCAGAGAUCCUGACAGUGCUCCGCCAACUGCCCAUCCCCAACAAAACGAUGGUGAAGGACAGCAAGGUGAUGUCAGUGGUGCACCGCUGGGCAUCUCAGCUAGCUGAGCAGGGCGCUACAGGUGGAGCCAUAGCUUCAGCAGUGACAAAGGACUCUGACGUUCCGCCACCACCUGACAAGCAGGCCAAGGUGACCAGUGAGGAAGCGGACAGCGAUGCCUCGGAGAGCUCGGGCAGUCAGACACCAGCAUCGGCACCUUGUCAGCGCUCUCAGACUGGGUCUGUGGUUUGCUCUCCGGACUCUACAAACCUGGUUGAGAACGGGGACUCGACGCCGAGUGAUGGGCCCAAGGAUGAGCACUGCAGCAAAAUGGCCCAGGAUCUUUCUGAGCUCGCAUCCACGCUCUUGGACUCAUGGGGCUCCUUAAAGGAAGUCUUCCGGAUCCCUCGCCUAGAGCAACAGAAACGUCGCGAGGAUGAGCGCGAGGCAGACAGGCGAGAACGAGAACGCAAUCGUCAGCAGAAGAAUCGGGAAUCUUCUUUCAGUGGCCGAGACUCCAGCUCACGGCGCCGCAGUCCUCCAUCCUCAAGUAGCCGUGACCGCAGAGACAGGGACUACGAAAGGUCAUCUGAACGGAGACGGUAUUCCGCUUCACCCGAGCGAAGAGAGGACAGGAAGCCUUACCAUCGGUCAUCAGACCAUCGCCGCUCUGGCGGCGGCGGCAGUGACGCCAAGCCUAGGAAGACGCUGCUUCCAACGCCACCUCGGCUAACCAAGGAAGAACGUCGGCAGCUGUUUGCGCUCGAGGUGCAGCAGAGAGACCAGGAGGAGGCCCUGAGGCGACAGUUUAUGGUGCCCCCUGCCACUACGGUGCCGCCAGGAAUGGUGGUGCCCUCUCCCACUCCUCAAGGUUUUAUUGGUGCACCACCUGGAAUGAUGCCUAUGCAAGGUGGCUGCCCCGCUCCGCAAGUGGCAGCUCCCAUGGUUCCUGGGCAGCCACAGCAGCAGCAACAGCCUGUGUAUGUCUACGAUCCGGCCACAGGUGCGGCCAUGUACGGUGCUUCAGCACCUCAGCCAGCGGUGGCUUAUUAUGACCCCCAGACAGGGGCACCCAUUCCAGCACCACAACCACCCAUUCCACAAGACUACAUUCUGCAGCAUAAUGCAAUGCUGAGUGGGUCUCAGCCCAUGGUGGCUCCUGGCAUGCACUCGCCAGCAGAGGCGGGCCCCCAUGUGAUGAUGCAGGCACCAGGACCAGUGGUACCCGGACAGCAGCCAAUGAUGCCCGGACAGCAACCAGUGAUGCCCGGACAGCAACCAAUGAUGCCCGGACAGCAACCAAUGAUGCCCGGACAGCAACCAGUGAUGCCCGGACAGCAACCAAUGAUGCCCGGACAGCAACCAAUGAUGCCCGGACAGCAACCAAUGAUGCCCGGACAGCAACCAAUGAUGCCCGGACAGCAACCAAUGAUGCCCGGACAGCAACCAAUGAUGCCCGGACAGCAGACAAUGGUGCCCGGACAGCAGACAAUGGUGCCAGGACAGCAACCACUGGUACCAGGGCAGCAGCCAGUGUUACAUGGUCAACCACCGAUAGUGCCUGGACAGCAACUGAUGGGGCCUGGUCAACAACCACAACUGGUACUCGGACAGCAACCGUUAAUGGCACCAUCCCCUGAAGAGUCUCAGCACCAGUCUCUACCUCCCAGCAUUGACUACCAGGCCCUAGCUGCGGCAAUCAGCACUGUGACCAACAAGCCAUCUAGUCCAUCCCCCAUGCACUCGGAGGCUGCCUACCUGACAGACCCAAUGCAAAUUCCGCUGCCUCCACCACUGUCCCCAGAUAGCGGGGAAGCAACGCCGCAAAAUCUCGACCCGGUUUCGUCUCCCACUUUGGACAGCACGAACAGAGGAGUUCCAGAGCUUCCUCUUGUUCCAGCACAGCCAGUGGCCAGAGGGGAGCCCGUGGGCACAACUUUAGAAGUUGUGCCAACCAUUGACUACGAUGCGGCUGCUCCUGACACACCUGAACUGCUGUCUCCGGUUCAGCAGCAGAGUGCUACAGCUGCUGCAUACCCUGCUGUUCAGCAAGCACCAGUUGCUGUACCCUAUGCUGUGGUUACGCCCGGGACUGGGACCCCUGAAGGUGCACCAGCCAUGGCUCCAGGCACCGCGUACCCAGCCAAUCCGCAACCAGUGGCCACUGGAUAUGGCCCUGGCUACGGCCCUGUGGGUGCCGGCGUUGCUGCGAGUCCAGCGCAGGGCAUGCAUUCCCAAGUCUACUUCCUGCCCUCUAUCACGCAGGCCUUGCCCUCUGAGCAGUCCGUGCAACAGCAGCAGCCAGUGGUGUUGGCACCAAGCAAUGAAGCAUCGUCUGGCCGUAUGUCCAGUCCACCGCCGCAGCAAGACAGCACUCCAAGCAAGAAAGGUGGACGGCUGCCUCCCCACUGGAAGACAGCCAAGGAUGAAGAAGGCAACGUUUACUACUACCAUGCAAUUACAAGAGAAACACAAUGGGACCCUCCAACCUUGGAUGAAAAUGAACAAGACAUGGAGCUAGAAACUCCAACCUAUGAUGAACCAAAGGUGAACAGCACAGUAGGCAGCUCCAGGGGAAAGAGAUCGAGCAAGAAGAAAGCGGUAACAGUGGCUGCUGACACGUCGGAAGUGGCCAAGAAGAUCAAAGAGUUGUUUCGGUCCAAGAUUUCUUCCCACAUUGUGCACUGCCUGAACCCCUUCCGCAAGCCAGACUGCAAGCUGGGGCGAAUUCAGAGCACGGAGGACUUCAAGCAUCUUGCUCGCAAGCUGACACACUUUGUGAUGGCCAAGGAGCUGAAGCAUUGCAAGAAUGUUGAGGACCUGGAAUGCAAUGACAACGUGAAGCACAAGGCAAAAGAGUUUAUACAAAAGUACAUGGCGAAAUAUGGUCCUAUCUACCGGAAGGACAAGACUGUCUCCCCCAAGGACGAGUAGCCCGCCCUCCUUUAUGCACAGGCACAUGAGAGGCUGCAAGAAAAUGAGAGGUGGCCGACUUGGCGCUGAAAGGGAUCCUGCCAGUCAUCAGUGCAGCAUUACCAAGGAUAACUUCCAUCAUCAGCUCAACGUCUUCAAGCCUCUAAUCCAGGGACCACUAGACUGCCAGGCCGCAUUACUCUUCCCAUACCAACGUGUCACAAAGUGAUAGUGCACACUGUUUGCCACAAGGUUCCAGGCAGAACAGUAGGCUACGGCAGCACGAUGUGCGUUCAGUCGUGGUCACGGAGAUGUGCAUGGUGCACAAGUGCCUGCCUCAUCAAGUCCUGCAAUAGUGGCAUCUCCAAUGGCAGCGCACAGCCGAAAAUUUCAUGCUGUUAUAAUUGAAGCGGCACAGUCUACCUAAAGUGCAUUUGUACAGGCCUGCACACGUGAAUGAACACUUGAUGCUGUGCUGCUCUUUCUGGAAGACAGUUGUUUGGCUGGGUUACAGUUGCUGAAGGCUAGGUUGUGCAAGUAGAGCUAGGAUGGCCAAUGUGCACUCUGCAAGUCGGUGUAGAGGGUCCAGCAGAGAGACCAUGCACACCCGAUUAUCUUUGUUUCUUUGGCUCCAAGCCAUCCUUUUGUUCACACUAGUGAGCUUUCACUUAUUACCAAGGGGAAUCGAAAGUUAGAUUCUUGUUUACGGACUGGUUUUGUACUGCCAUGGCACAAUUGAAUUGCCUGCCAUUUGUUUUCCGCAUAAUUUUAGCUUGUUUUUUCUUAGUUGUAAAUUUUUUGUCGUCGCAUGAAUUUACAUUUCCCCAAGGCGUACAUGUUCACUUGCUCUUUAUUUUUGUAGUAACUGAGUUCCGAACUUGUCUGUACGAAUCAUUUUACUGAUGAUUAAGCUUUCUUUUCUUUAUAUGGUAUAGCAGACAUCUAGUUGGUUUGAGGAGACUAGUUUACACUGCAUACUCUUGGCUUAUUGACUUUUGUCAUGUGGUGCGAGAGCUGUUAUGGAAAUGAAUUUGGGAGGCUCCAUCUUGUAAUUAAUUCAUCUUGCUCUGGGAUCAGCAAGAAACAGCAACCCCCUUCUGUAUAGUCGCAUUGCUAUCACUUUUCUGAAUGAGGUUGCGGAAUAUCGUCUUACACACCCAACCUUCCCUCGCAUGCAUCCCCCCCCCCUUUCUUUUUCUGUUAUGUAUAUAAAGUGCUUCAAUUCCCUUGUCCUUAUUUAACUAUUGUCAGUGUCAUGUUAAAUGACUUCAUUGCAUGGUUCUCAUCGAAUGCCGUUAAAUUCUCUAUGACAAUGGUGCAUGGCUUAUAAAUUUUCUGCCCAGCAUGGAAAUGUUGAAACCUAGUUUGAGCCAACUCCUUUUGUGCCAGGAAAGAACCAUGAAAUUGUGCUGUAAUUUCUGUUUUCACAUUAUGGGGCAUUGUAUAUAUUCAGAGCAUAUACGUAUAGACUGUCAUCUGCUGCACAUUUCUGGUACGUUUAGAUGGCUCCAGUGAUGUUUGUAAUAAAACUACAUUUUCAUAUCAUUGGUACCUCUCCGUGGUGUCCUUCACACCAGCUCAUGUGGUACAUGUAGUGUGAUUCACUCAAAGGCAAUGAUUACUGUUCUCUGUUAAAUUGUGUGUUGAAGGUGCAUAAAAUCAGCACUUAUAAGUGUGGGUGUAACAAUUUAAUUUUUUUUUUUCAUUGCUGCCACUGGGCUGCACUUGUGAAACAUACCAUUUGGACAUAUUUCACUGUCUGAGCCUAUUGGUUGCUUAGUUUAAUACUUGCAUUUACUUUGGAUCAUAGAGGUCAUAUCCUAGAGAAAAGUAUGUUUAUUCUAGUGACAUAUUCAACCUGUCAUUUCAGUGUGCUUAUGCAGCGAUUCAAACAUUGCAUAAUACAGCACAAAAUGUCUACACUUUUGUAUCACAUAAGCUUUACUGCCAGCAUAAGUGGACUCGGAUGGUGGUGGUAAAGCUGAAUUUGGCCUAUUAAGCUGUCUUGAACAACUGUAGUAGUACCACCAAAGCACUCUGAUAGGCAUAGCUUGUGUGUGGGAACUCCACCAUGGUAUAUACUAUGCGGACGCAUAAAUUAGUAAAGCGAAGGAAUUCUCGAAAAGAUUAUGACACGUCCAGAAAAGGAAGCUCCUAAAGUCCUUUCCUCUGGUCCUGCGACACAAACGUGUGACCUUGCUAGCAAGUAUGCCAAGAUCAAUGAACUGUCAUAUGUGGCUCAAAGCUAUGGUUGUGACUUUUCUGGCAACAAAAGCUGGCAAGCAACAAGAGCCAUGGGAGAAGCAUUACUAAAUUUGUUAUCUAGAAGACAACAAAGUUGUUGCAUGUUAUAUAACCUAACGAAUGCAUCGCUACACAGUAUCAUUACUAUACGAAAGGCUACUUGUAGCCGAGUACAAGGAAAAAGGCAAUUCCAUUUUUGCCAAAUUCUGAACCAGAAAAAUGCAAAUGCAUACCGAUGAAGAGAUGGUACUGCCAAUAAGCAACGGCUGCAAAAUGUUAGCUGUACAGGUUAAGAACUGGUGCAGGUAGCAACCCCAUUUGAAAAAAAGUAGCCCAGUGGGCACACUGAGCAUUUGGAGCUAGGGCAGUACUACAAAAAAUCUGCACUGGAGGAAUGCACCAAUUACGGCUCUACUGUACAUUUCUAGAUAUAAUUUCUGUUGCAGAUUCUCGUCAGUGAGCAACUGUGCGCUCUUUAAUUGUGAAGUGCCUGCAUUUGUGGAAUCCAUUUAAAAGUAUGAACAUGUCCACCGAGAGUGAACUAUGGUGGGCAACUGCUGGUUAUGCUGAAGUUGUGGCAAGCUGUUGCACAAGGCUUCCGUAUGGAUCAAAGUGAACAUGAAAGGAUCUAUUUUGUGUGCUUGUGUUGUGAACUUGACCUGCAAAUAAAUUCUUUGCCCAUAAGAGAGAAAUUCCAAGAAAC